AUGAAGGUAGUGGGAUUAUAUAUAUUUUAUUUGGUACCUUUUUUUGUUAUUUCCUCUGAAUUAAAUGAUUAUGAAAAAAUAAAAAAUAUAGUAAAUGAAGCUAAUGAGUGUUCAGAAAAAGACGUUGAAUUUAUGAACAAUUAUGUUAAUAAAAUGUAUUGGGUAUGGACUAAUAAUUUUUUCCGUUAUUUAAAAUUAAAAGCUUAUAUUUAUGAGAAUGAUAUUAUUUAUGAUAAAAUAAUAAAAAUGGAAAAUAUUAUACAAUUGUUAACAGAUAAUUUUAUUAUGUAUAAAAAUAAAGAGGAAUUUAUUAGAACUGCUUUAACUAUAUUAUCAAAUGAGAAACAUUUAAAAAAUGUAAUAAAUACAUAUGUUCCUAGAAAUAAAAUUAAAUUUUUUCAAGAUUUAUCCGAAGACGAAAUAAUAAAACUAUUUAUAGACGAAAAAAAUAAUGUAAUAAAUUCAUUUAAAAACAUAAAAAAAAUUGAAGAAUUUCGUGAUGUUGCCAAUUCAAAAUAUUAUUAUCAUAAAAAAUUGUUAGAAAAUAAACGGGAGCAAACAGUUGAUGAUACAAUAGUUCCAGAAAAAAAAGAAAAUCAAAAUGAUGAAAUAAAUAAUAAUGGAAAUAAUAAACAAGCAAAAAAUGUCAUCAUAUUUUAUAUGAGUGAUAUAUUACCAGUUAAAUCUAUGAGUUUUGAUUUUUAUGACAAAAAUAAAUGGAGUACCUAUUUUUAUUUUAACAAUGAUGAAGAGCGUAUAGCGAUAGAGAAUGAUUCUGGUAAUAACUUUUCCAAUAAAAAUUCGGUUAUCGUUUAG